UACAAAAUAUACAUUAAUAACAAAACUUUAUUCAUGUUUUCUACCUUAUAAAUGUGCCUCUUGUGUCCAUAUGUUAAAUCUAGAGUGUUUAUUUGUUGGAGGAUAUUAUAAAAGGUUUUCAGAGCAUUGUUUCUUUUCUAUUAGUUUUCAAAGGAGUGGGCAUGUCCAAAUCCAGAAUUCCAUGUAAGUAAGAGCGACACGUUUCCUGACGGGAAAUGAGUGGAAAACACACAGCGUUCCAGUUUUCCAUCCGCAGGAUCAUAUGUGUAGAUUCCUCACAUACUUUGUUUUCCAGUAGGUUAAUUUAAUGUGACCACAUGGAGUAAAUAAGCAGAAAAGUUAGAUGGAUUGUGUCAAAGUUUAUUUCUGCUCCAACCCAGAGGAAUCUGUGAUUGAGAGGAGGAUACUAAGAGAAAGGACAUUCCCAAAACUGAGAGAGUACUGCAGAUGCACAUAUGGAGUUGACUUCAGGGUUAUUGACCCUUAUGAAGCAUCAGAUCCCAUAGACUGGCCUUCACAGAGCAGACGCAUGCAGAUGCUGGAUGACUGCAGGAGAAACUCUCUGGGCCCUUUCUUUGUGGGGUUGGUUGGUGAACAGUAUGGAGAUGCAUGUUUGCCAGAGCAGAUAGAAGUUUCAGAGUUCCACCGUCUUCUGCAGGCCUGCCAGCAUGUGGACAUCAGAAGUGACAUCCUAGAGAGAUACUACCAGAGAGAUGACAAUGCCAUACCUCCCUCAUUCUGUACUGUUCUCAGUAAACCUCACAAUGUCCAGUGCAAGAAUCUAACUGAGUCUGAGGAACUUUGUGAGUUGAGGAGAAUCCUUCAAGAUGUCGUGACUCGCUGUGUCCAAAAUGGCACAAUGACACAUGAAGCAGCUCAAAAGUAUUUUUGCUCUGCCCUUGAGAAUGACAUCCGCUAUGCUUAUAAAGACCAUUCCCAAGAGGAUAAAGCAAGAUGCCUUUGCUAUGUUCACAAAAUACCAAAUGGAUUUUCACCAAACAAAUCAGCCCAGUCUGAACGACUGUCACAACUGCGAGAUCACUUUCUGCCGAGCUUGGUCGCCUCUCAUGAAGCCCGGGUUUACUGCACCGUCACCGAGUGCAAACGCCAGGAAGGUUACACACCUGAGAUGAGACUGAACUUUGUUGUUGGUUUAAGGGAGCAGUUACAAACAGAUCUGAGGCGUCUCAUUGAUUGUGCUUUCUCAAAGGAAAGAGCUGUUACCGAUCAGGAAGACUUGUGCUGCAUGUUUUCUUCUCUUUACAGAAUUGAACGUGUAGAAGUUGAACAUGUAAAAUCGUACCUGGAGGGAGAAAAUGCCACAAUUCCCUUUGUACUGACCGGUGGACCAUGCUCAGGCAAAACUGUGCUUCUGGCUCAUUGUGCAAAUCAGGCAUCUGUAUGGUUAAAGAACCUGGAUCCUGUGAUCAUUGUGCAAUUCUUCAAUAUCAACAGCUCAUUGAGGCAACUUCUUAAAGACAUUUGUCAACAAAUUGCAUCAAGCUACAAGCAUUCAUUCGAUAUUUGCGUCAAUGAUAUUCUACAACUAAAAGAAACCUUCAGCAGGCUCCUAACCAUGAGUUCAUUAUUCAGAAAUCCUCUGGUGCUCGUUAUAGAUGGGCUUGAUCAACUACCAAACACAGAUGAGCCACUAGACUUAACGUGGCUACCCAAGUCUACUCCCCCACAUGUAAAGGUGCUCAUUUCUAUCACUACAGACAGGCCUGACAUUAUUUCUUCUCUUCAGAUGUAUUACCAAGAUACAAACCUGUUCUGUGAGUUGCAACAAGUGGAUAGUAAAAGCUGCAUCCAGUUCCUAACAACACUUCUGCAGGAAUCUAACAGGAAGAUAACCUCAGGUCAACAGAUGUAUGUAAAUCAGGCUUUAAAGAAAUGUCCUUUACUGUUAUAUGUGCAACUGCUUCAAAAACAGGCAAGCCUCUGGAGCUCAGAUUUCGAGGUUACGGAGAACAGUCUGGUGCAAGGGGUCUAUAAUAGCAUUCAUUUGAUGUUUGAUCAUCUGGAGCAGAAGCACAGCAAAACCAUAGUCUCCAAAGCUUUAAGCUAUCUUACCUUGGCCAGGUAUGGCAUGAGCACGGCUGAACUCACCGAUGUUCUGUCAAGUGAUGAUGAAGUACUAGCAUCUUUACUUCCAGCAUAUGACUCCGUCCCACUUACACUGAGGGUGCCUGAGGUUUCGGUGGAAAGUCUUUUGUUUGACCUUAAAGAGUUUCUUGUGCCGAGGAACAUUUUGGGUACGCAGAUUCUUUCCUGGAUCAGCAGACACUUCUCUCUGGUCGUACGCAAGAGGUACCUGUGCUCAGAGGAAACAUGUCAGAAGAUACAUUAUGUGCUGGCAUGCUAUUUCAGUGGCUAUUGGGCAAAUGGCAGAGCAAAACCUUUGAUUCUUGAUGUAGACUCUGAAACAGCAUCUUCAGAUGUACCGAAGAAUAUUAACAUUGACAGACAAGCACCAAGUCAGCCCUGGAUUUUUUCUCCUCCAACCUAUUUGUCUACUUCCAUAACUACAUCAGAGAGAACACAUGUCAACCGGAGAAAACUUCUUGAACUUCCAUUCCAUCUAUUGAAAAGUGAAAAAAUGGUUGAACUAGUUCACCAGAUGACAUCUCAAUCAUACCUCAAGGCCAUGUUUAAGGCAAAGCGAUCUGAUGAUCUGUUUCUAUGGCUGGAGAAGACAUCUCAACUGGACACUCACAGGAACCUUCAGCUCCUCAAUGUCAUCUUGCGAUCCUCUGCUUGUCUACUGAAGGACAAUCCCGCUGACCUGCCAACAGUUUUGCAAGCCAAACUCUUACCUUUCCUAAGUGUUUUGCCUUCAUUGAAGGAAUCUGUUAAUCCAGAGAGAUCUGAUGGUAUGGCUGUAAACAAUGGGGUGUAUACUGUUUUAUCCUCAGUUCCUUCAGUACCUUAUACUCACUGUACACUGCAGGAGUCUGAAGCGUUUCCAAUUACACAUGCGGCUGGAUCUGACGGUGGUUCUGUAGUGUCUGUACUGGAGAACGGUGCUGCUUGGUUUUGUAAUGAAGGUGCAUUUGAGGGCUUUAAACUUCCCCAAUCAUCUGAUCUGCAUUUCACAAGUGCUUUCAGCUCUGGAAAUACCUUCCUUCUUAGCACCCGUUGUGGUAAACUUCUGUUGUGGGAUGAAAAGGCUAACCCUCAAGAAAUUACAAUCCAAGUCAGAGGAAAGGAUAAAAACAUCAUUCCUGGAGGUAUCUUGGUGGUUGAUGACAAAAUCAUUGUGUGGUUGAAAGGCAGAAACAUUGUCAUUGUGUAUGUUGAGAGAGAGGAACAUGUCGAGCUCUGUUGCAGUGAUGAGAUAUCAUCUGUGUCAUCUUCUAAUGAUGGUAAUAUCCUUUACUGUGGACAGAAGAAUGGCUCUGUGAUUAUAUUUGACAGGCCAAAUGACCAAAUUCUAGCCACAUUAAUCUGUCCAGAAGAAAUGCCAGUAAUUGACUUGAUUGUCUGUGAAGACACAGGAAUGAUUACAUGCGUAGAUGAAGCCGGUAAUGUAUUCAUUUGGAAUCUUGAGAUUAUAACAGAGCCGGUUCCAAUGAAACAAAACCCCUGCAAAACCAAGGGUAAAGUGUUAAACACUGAUCACACAGAGGACAACCUUCUACUUAUUUGUAAAAAGCAACAAAUACAACUUAUUGAGAUUAAUCAAGUGGAUGUACUUGACCAAUUCAGUCCUCCGGAAGGGAAAACGCUUAAGCAAGCACUAAUGGAUGAAGGUUCACACUUUAUCAUUGCAUUGCUUGAUGAUUGCCCAUUUCUGUUGGUGUGGAACCGUGCCACCGGGCAAUGUGUGCUGAGUCUGAAUACAGUUAACAGUCAAGCUAAUAAACUUCUGAAAUGUGGAGAGACUCACUUGGCAGCAAUCACAAAUGGAAGUGUUCUUAUUUGGAACAUGGAUCUCAUUGCCGUAUCAGCAUCGGCACCAAAGUCUGGUAAGAGGGUAGAAGCAGUGGUUGUUGGAUUGCAUGGAGAAAGCUGCUAUUCUGCAGAUGGCUCAGAACUUGUGUGGAAGUGGGGGCUCUCGAGUGGAAACGUAGAAGAGCGCUUUCUUCAUCAUAGUUCGGUGGAGUCCAUGUCUAUCUCUAAAGAUGCUGAAUACCUUGUAACUGUAGCCACAGGAGAUAUCUAUGUGUGGGACACCAACCGUGGGGAAAAUAUUUACAGGAUCUCUGGAAGUCAUGCAUUCAAAGUUCUAAUAACUCCCAAGGGGUUUUCUGGUGCCGCCCUCUCAGAAACAGGACCAUCAAGGGUGUGGAAAUUGCAGAGUGGAAAUGUUGUCUGUAGUAUUCAUACUGACCUCAAAGAUGCCAUUGUUUCUCCCGAGAGCACCUUUCUUUUAGGUAUUAACAGUGGAGACCUCCUGGCUGUUAGUCUCUGGACUGGUAUUGCCUGCAAAUGCUUCUGCAGUCCUGAUGAAUCCGAAGUUGUUGCUUUCCAGUCUUUACUUGACCAUCCAGAUUACGUGGUUGUUAUUUCGGUCGCAGGUGCUUUGUAUUCUUGGAGAUUAACAGAAGAUACUAUUUGCCAUCAGUUCCAGCUGCCAAACCUUAUCCGGUGCCAGCCUGAGGUCUUUAGACUAUCGUCAGAUGGUGGUUUUGCCAUUCUUUCAAUAACAGCAUCCACAAUAAACAUCUUGGAUCUUUCCAACAGUAAGCUUUGCUCUGUAAGCACCAAAGGAGUUGUUCAGCAGCCGCCAUAUGUAGACGUUUCUGGCCAGUAUGUUGUCUAUGCAUGUUACUCUUCUCUGGAGUGUCAGAAUGUGUACUGCGAUCUUCAUGAAAAGCCAAUGUUGAUAGUGAUGCGUAUGAGCAAUGGUGAAACUGUUGGCAGGUUUUACUUGUGUAAGAACAUUUCUACUCUCACUGUUACUGAGGAAAUGUUUGUGUAUGUGGGGUUUGAGGAUGGAUCUGUUGGGAUUUAUGCAGUUAAUGACACUGAGAUGGGAAACAACAGGUGGAAAAAGAUUGGUCAAAGCCCAGAAAUUUUGUGUCCACUGGAUGAGCCAUUGGUUCGGUUGCCUUUAGUAAAUCCUAACGUUAUCUGGGUUGACUUGACCUCCUCUGAAUUGUCUUGAAAAUUUGUAAUGCUACACUGUAAAAAAAAUGGUCAAAUCAGCAUAUAUUUUUAAGUUACUUGGGUAACAGAGAUUUCUCGGACAGAGAUUAGUCCUAGACUAAAAUAAAUGUAGGAGCUGUCCAAACUGAAAACAACUUGCACUGACAUAUCUUAAAAUACAUCAUUGCCCUUUUUUUGCCUCAAAAUGCAUUCAAGUAAUGUUUCUGGUAAAGUAUGUUUGUUAUAAACUAGUUAUAUUUCCUAAUAAAACUAAGGUCUAGUCUUGGCCUAAGCUAAUCCUGGUCCGGGAAACCACCCUAUAAACUUAAAAAACUUAAGUUAAACAAUUUCAACUUGUUAUGACAACCUAUCUCAGGUUAAAAUAGUAUUGAAUUUACUCGCAAAACCAAGCUGUUUUAACUUCAUGUUGCAUUUUUUACAGCAUUUGAUGCAUACAUUCAAAGCAUGAAUUUUUUUAAAUAAUAUUAUUAUAGACUGAAUUUAAAUAACUGUCUGAAUUUAUAUAUUACAGCUAGCAUAAAUUUGUAUUAUAUAAAUGUAUCAAUAACA